AUGGAUAAUAAUACUGAUGUGACUAAUAAUUGUACGGACUAUCUCUCUUCGAGAAAAUCUUCAUUACAAAUGUCUAUAUUCGUUAUGGAAGUUUUCUUCCUCAUAUUAUAUCAAAUUUUCCAGUUUAAUUUUGCUUUAAAUGCGAUAGUUAAUCAAUACGUAACCCAAAUUAUUGCUAUUGCUGUUAUGAAUGGAAUAGUUUCUUUGUAUGGAUUCAUACAUAUUGUUGAGGUUAAAAGAUUAGUUGACGAAACAAAUGAUAUUUGUACUUCACAAAUUACAAAUCUUACUCCAAACUAUGUUUCAUUAGAUCUUCCUUUCAUUAUCUGUUCUUUAAUGUUUGCUGCUGCAAUGGGUUAUUUCGCUUAUAAACUUAGUAAUGAACUUGCUGGAAAAAUUUAUAAAAAGAUCGGUUCUGAUGUAACGAUGCAAGACGAUGUUUCUAGAAUAUUAAUUAUCAUUCAAAUGUUUUUUGCUAUUGUACAAUUUUCAGCCCAAUAUAUUGUCAAUCGCGCGGUUCCAAAAGAAGAUAAAUUUUUAAUGAAAAUCUUUACUCUUAUUUGGUCUAUCACAAUGGUUGAUUGGUUUGCUGUUCUUGUUGGUUCAGUUUUCUUUGCUGCAUCUGCGGUUCCAUAUUGCUAUUUAGGAAUUAUAACAUUUAUAUAUGCUUGGAAAACAUCUGAUACUUUUGAUCAAGGAUUACGUGAAUAUGUCGGUCUUCAAUUCCGUAAAUAUCAUGGAAUGACUGUAAAAAUUGACAGCAUUCCAAGUUUCCGACCUAAUUCAAUCAGAAAACCCGAGAUUGCAGUUCUUUCUUAG